CGGUGGUAUUAACUCAGUUGCAGCCUUGACCAUCCAGUAGGAUUUCCUGACUAAAAGAGCAGAAGAGUUGCCUACGGGAAAACUUUUUAAAAAAAAAAACUUCCGUCCUGACAGUGUAUUAAUCUUCAAUACACACAAAUCCCAACUGUACAAGUGUUGAAAUUUGGACAGAACUCUACAGAGAACGAUCAUGGUGGUAAUGACCUCAUUUCCUCCUCCAACUGAAGGGUUGGUCCACGUAGAAGAAAACACUGAGGCUUUCAUUCAUGAUCAAUCAUAUGGAUUAGGAACUUUGUAUAUAGCAACAGAGUAAGAGCUUAACUACAGAAAACAUGAUCUCUCUAAGGGGGUGUUUACAUGAGAAAACUCCCACCGGGGCGAGUUUCAUACUGGGAUGACUUUUUGAUUUCGUAUCGCAUUUACAUGAUGACUGGGUCAUUUCAUAUCUUGUUAUUUAAAGGUACAUUUCAUGUUGAUAAAAUACGCAUGUGGUUCAAAAUCGCAAACAUUACGCAUGCGCUACCCGUUCCAGUUUACUGUCAGACCGAUUUCACACUGAAACGGGUGGUCGUUUUGCGUUUACAUGAUACCGUUGUGAGAUUUCGUACCUCAAUGAAAUUCUCGCCCUGGUACGAGAACCGUGGUGAACUCACACUGGGGUGACUGGCAUCGGCAUAACAUCUUGUGGUGGUAUCAUGUAAACAAAUAUAGAGCCAUGAGAGGGACCCGGUCACGCCGGUGUCAUGUAAACACCUCCUAAAACACCCUUUGACAAUAUGGCUUUGUGGCUAGGCAGCUAUGCACGUGUUAAGUCCCUUUCCUGGGAAUUGGGUUACUUCCUAGUAAUAGGCUAAUGGGGAUGUGGUCGUAUUUUAAUGACUGGGUUGACUAUAGUGGGUUGCAUUUUCAAUAGAGUUGUAAGAGUGAGGUCUCACAUUUUUGUGAUUUUGGGGGGUAAGAAAAUUCUGGUAAGUAGGGAUUUACAGGCAAGGCAUGUCAAGUGUUCCCCCCAAGAUUACAUUAACGAUAACACCUCUGUAUUCGGUCAGAUUGAAUAUCUUUGAAUGGUUCAAUUGUUUUUUUUGAAGACAUUUAAAUCAAAUUCAAGAAAACCGAGCUGGCAGAAAUUUCAUCACUAGCUCCUGUGAAUUCACUGUUCAUUACGUAUGCGGGAAUGCAGAGGUGAAACUGAAAUCUACAACUACCAGGGGAUUCAAUCUUGGAAUAAUAAAUUCCAAUGCAAUCUUAGUGCAAUGAAAGUUGGGAUUAUGAAAAUUACAUAUACCCAAAACUGAUGUGACUAAGAAGGGGCCUAUAACUGGCCACAGGAUAGACCAGGUGUUUUGAGAGGCCAGCGGUACAUAUGCAGGCAUCUGGAGCAAUCGCACAACUAUGUCUCAUUUGUUUAUGAAUCUGUGUGCAGUCAAGAGAAAUGGCUCAGUUAUUGUGAAAUAAUAUUUUAUUUGUUUUUUAUCUGUUGAAGGAGAUUGUCAUGGAGUGAUGGUGAUGGUAAAGGGUUCUCAUUAGAGUACCCAGCAAUAUCUUUACACGCCAUUUGCAGAGACACUUCACAAUUUCAAUAUGAAUGUAUCUACUGUAUGAUGGAUUCACCUCUAGAUGGUAAGAACUAUAACAGAGAUGCCAACCUCUGGAAACCUAAAAUCUGGAGACUCUCUCUUUGGCAAUACCCCCCUGAAAAUCAAUGACCAGAUAACUAGCCACCCCCCCCCCCCCCCUCCGAUAAGCAUAAGUUGAUCCAGGCCCUAAUUUUGUCACCGGGGAAUGGGUUAGGACAUUAUAUGAAGUCUUACAUGAAGUACAGACCAUCGCAAUUCACUUUUAUGGUAAUUUUUGUCAGUGAUGAAAUACAUGCAAAAAUGCCCCAGAAAAAGAACUAAGAAUCAAAGAAGAUUCAAAUUUGGGGAGAAAAUGGGAUAAAUUCCAAAUUAAAACACAGAAAAGCUCAUAACUUGAUUUUUUCCAUGAGAUUUGGUGACCCGUACCCGGGAGAGUUAGCAUGUAUGCUAAAGUAGUUUUGUAUUACAAAUAGCAGUAAUGAAAGUAGCGAGGGGCCAUGUUCAUAGUAGUAGCCGGGGGAAAUCCCCGGCCCCCGCCUCUUAAUGAUAGCCCUGGUAAUACAUAAUGAAUAGUAAUUUGCUGCAGAAAAGACAAAAUAAGGUCGUUCAGUCUUGAGAUUUUUCCAUUGAUCACAAAUAUCAAUAAUAUAUUUGUUUGUAUUUUUAAAAAUAAAAAUAAUGAUAUUUAAAAAUAACAUAAAUAUCAAAUUAAUAGUGAUUUAGAGGUAACGCAUCACAUAGCGAUUCUUCGUCUAUCUGAUUCCUAAUUGAAAUGGAAAUUGGAAAUGUUAGUUUUUGAGGAGAGAGAGAAUCAAGAUUACCCAUGCUGUCGAAGCCGGGAUUUGAACCUGAGCCACAUUGAUGGGAGACAAGACAGUGAUCUACCACUGCGCCACUCUUGCUCUCCAGGGAACAAGUAGCCUGCCCCUGUAACAGUGUUUGUCCCUCUUUCUCCACCCUUAACAUUUUGUUGGCUCUAACCACUUGUGGUUAACUAUUUCUGAUUUCCAGAUAAUGAAAAUGAUGGAGCCAGCGAUGACAGUGAUGGUAAAUUUGGAGAGGUCAGAUUUGUGCCCGAGGAUAAGUCAAAAUGUAAGUCCAGCAAAUCAUAAGAAAAAUAAUUUGUGACUUUUUUUACUUUGAAUGUUGAAAAAUUUUCUUUUCAUCUUUUCAGUGGAAGUCAUGUUUAGAGCAAUGUCAGAUUGUCAGAUUCUUCACCCAGACCCCCAGGAACAAGAAGAAGGUAAGCUGUGUGUAUCAAUAGCCUGCAAAUACAGCUGUCUCUCCUCCCUCCCCGCCGGAUAUGAGAUGGUAGAUAGCCAAUGAGGCGCAUAGAGCCGAGAUGGCUAUAAUCAUCUCAUAUACAACAAGCAUGAGUGGAAUAAUUGUUUUAUUAAAAACGCCCACAAAAUAUGGAGCAUUCUUCCCGACUUUAUUUGCAAAAAGAACCUUUUUCAGCUUGUUUUUAGUUUUGAGCAGAUGCAUACAGUUACCAUAUUUUGAGGGCAUGGUAUUAUGGCUCAUAUACCGUGAAGGCUAAGCCAAUCAUAGCUCUAGAAUUGCAUUGUCAAAUGGUUCAGUUUUUAAUAAUUUAACUUAUCAUAAUGUAUCCACUCUUUUUUGUGACCUUAGAGGAAGAUGAAGACUUCUUUUGUGAUGCAGAUGAAGAAGAGCUCUCUGAGCAAGGACAGGUAUAUUGUUAACAGUUUAUUGAAAUCUUUUUUUCCCCCAGUAAAUUAGAAUCCACACUCUAAACCAAUGAAGAUGUACUGGUAAUUUGUCAAGCUUUCAAUCACAAUGCUGCAAAACACAGCAGUCAACUGUGAAACUUUUAAUUACCAAAUGUCGUUUUCCCAUUUUUUUCUCAGAAGAUAGAGAGAGAAAACAUCCUGAUGCCAACUCAAGAAAAAGAGAAGCUUCCUCGAGGUUACCUCGUACCCAGAUCUCUUGUUGACGAAGCAAGAGAUCUGGGUACGAGGUUACCCGAGAGGAGACAGGGCGUGCAAUGUGCGUUCUUGUGGGAGCCUGUUUCAUUGUCUUCUAGAGAAAUCCCAAAGGUCUCCACAAGAAAACGUGUAUUUUUCACCAUCUAUAAACAGUCAGUACAUGAAUGUAGUAUUCAAUUUUUUAUUCCUCUUUUAACAUUUCAGGCAACCCUUCAGCGCUUAGAAGGAAUGCUAGAAAUGCCCAGUCAGCAGGAAUUUAUGCAGAUGACUUCGGUGAGAAAUGGCGGCGACCAUGUGAACGGCCACGGAAACGUGCAAGGUUGGUAGUUGCGCAUGCGCAAUUAGCAAUGCUAUUUCAACCUCUCCUAUAAUCAUUUAAUACCUUGCUCAACCACCGUCAACUAGCGCGCUCGCACGCGAGGAGCGAGUUACUCUGGGUGCUAGCGACUUUUCAUGCGCGGUUGCCGGUCUCUUUCAAGUCUAUGUAAUGUCCCACUCGCCGCUCGUGUCUUGGGCCUUUGGCGGAAGACGCGUCGGCCUGCGACCGAACCCGAAACAUCUCCGCCGCACUUGAUCGCCUCACGCGAGAAAGGCACGACAGAAAAGAAAAGAGAGGCUGUCUCAGAAAAGAAAGGAAAAGAGAAGUUUUCACAACGCUGUAUAACUAUUUUCCAGAACCAAAAUUGCUUCGAAAAGGCUUCAGUUGUUGACAAGCACCGGUGAUCUCUUGUUUGAAAGUAGUGUUAAUGUUGCAAUUUAAGAUAAUAGUUCAUACUGACAUUUGCAAUUAUCGCUUGCAAUAGGUUUUCACAUAGCAAAACCGAAAAAGGCAAACACUUACUUUCUGAAACUGACACUUUUUAUUGUUUUCAAUCAGCUAAGUUUCAUUGUAACUGUCUUUUUUUAUAAUUUCAUUUGCAGGCGACGUUGAAAUGGACAACAGCGCUGAGAACAGUGAACAGUUUGAAGAUGCUGACAAAUGACAUUGAAUGAACAAACAUACGAGAGCAUUUACAUACAUUGUGAAGAAAGCAUUUCGUGACUUCCGCAGAAGCAGUUUUCUUGUUGGGUACCCUGUCCUUCUCUGUAGAUGGUGAAGUUGCCACUUUACUCUAAACCCCUUAAUUGCACUAGAAACUGAAAAUUUUACACUCGAAUACAUUUGCAACUCUGAUACCAUCUGUCCCAUUACAGCACAGAUGUUUGAUAACAUAAAAUUAUCAUAUUAUUUAACGGAUGUAUGAAAAGAAGAUGGCCCGGAGGGUAUCUCAGCAAAUAAGUGAAAAGACUCUUGUUGUUAUGGACACAGCCUUGUGGAUUACACACUUUUGUAGAAAAAUUUACGACUUUCCAUUUGCGUAUUUACGUUCUAAGUAGUGAUGAGAUGUUGUUUUUUAUGUCAAUUUCACAGACAUAGUGUUGUGUAACAGUAUAUUUCGUCGAAAACAAGAUUUCGAUAAGAGACAACUUUUGAAAGAAAGUAGGCAGUUCCAAGUAAAUCGAUUGCAUAACUUUGUUUGGUU